UUGUUACAUGUCAACAUGUCACUCCUUAGAGUUUGUGCCUUCGUUAAAUGUCUCAAUCGGCGCCGUUUUCUCGAAAAAUGUACGUCUCGCGCCCUUCUUACUGAUUGCUGCCAGCUGUGUCUGUCGAUGAAAAAUACCGCAGUAAAACGACUACCAGAUACUCAUUUGCAUAUUCGAAGAAACGUCUCAUUUUCUGUCAGGAAGACAGACGAUGCAAAGAAACGUGUGGUCAAACAGUCUCAGCUAUUAGAUGUGUUAGAGGCCAGGAUCCAGCAACUCCAACCCGAAGGUCUUCUUGAUGUCCAAAAAGCAAGUGUGGAAUUUCUUCAUGCCACCUCAUCAGGGAUGCACAUCUCCGCUGCCAGAACUCCUACAAACACACUUCCGAAGAGACCCGACGUUUCCAAAUCAGCUCUGAAUGUCAUAAGGGAAUCCUCUAAAUCCCAGCCCACUCGCUGGAUGGAAAAAUUAACUCUGGAGAAGAAAAGCAAAAUGAAAAAACGGCAACACCUGGGGGAGAAACUGCAGAAGAAACACCCCGGUGGUAAAGGGAACCCGAAUCUUCCUGGCACAAGUUACAAAAAAAUAUCGACAACUGUUUUGAUUGAUGACAGCAAUGUGAAUCCUAGCGCUCAAAAUGCAAAAUCACAAAAGGCCUCCAAAGGCAAACGAAAGGACCCAAAAAAAAAACCUCCCAGUGUUACAAAUCAGGUGACUGAUGAGGACCUCGCACAAGUGGAGGAAUUGGAGAAGAGGCUCACCCAGCAAGUGAACCCGUGGUCUUACUCAAAUCUAGCAGACCAACCUCUACAAGCCAAAGAAGGAGCCGUUGGGAAUAUCCGCUCUUGUAUUUUCUCUUGGCUGGAAGCGUGCGUUUUUGCAGGGGACAUCCGGCGAGCGAACAAUUUCCUAUUUAGUCAGCACAGAUUACGGAGUCGACGGGCAGCUCUUGACACGGACGUCUAUAAUAUCAUGUUGCGAGUCUGGGCCAAAAAGGGCACCUUGAAUUGGGUUGGCCGUUUGUUUCUUCUCAUAGAGGAGGCAGGCCUGCGACCAAAUAUUGGAUCAUAUUGUGCUGCUUUGGAAUGCAUGGGCCGUAUUACUUACUGCUCUCCUCAAAUUGUUAGUAGGUGUUUGAACCAGAUGGAGGAGGAUGGCAUCUCCAUAGACGAUAUCUUCAGGCAUUCUGUGUUCCAGCUUGAUGAAAGAGACAUGGUACUAAAGGCAGUACGCCUCAUCCACCCCGACUAUCAGCCUGCCAGUAAACUCAACACCAGCGAGAGCCUCCCUUCGUUGGUUCAGGAUUUCUACACAAAGAGGGAUGAUCACCAAUACCCGAAGCUGGAUUUGACUCAUGAUGAGCUCCAGAAACGUUUCCAACUCCAGCUCAAAAUGGAACAGGCCUGCACAGUCACCAUUGACUCUGUGGAGGCGGCCAAGCCUAUCACCGAAAACAUGGCAAAAAUGAGGGCAUUGCUGCUGGAGCAACGGGCUCAGUGGCACAAGGCACUUCUCCAGGCCUUCAGGGAGGGCAAGAUGAACCUGGGGAAGACCAACAGCAAUGACUCCAGACUGAACCUCUACCCCUACCUCUGCCUGCUGGGAGACAACAGCUAUGUGGACAUCAUGUUGCAGAGUAUUUCCAGCAUGCCACCCAGCGGAGAGUCCCUGGUGACUUUAGCCAAAGAUUUGGGAUGCCGUGUUUACACCAAGUACUCUGUACAGCAGAAGUACAGAAAUCAGAUGGUGGAAAAGCUGGGCAACAUUUACAAUGCUUAUACAAGCCUUCUAGCCAAAGACACCAAGGCAUACAACAUCCUUCCCAGGGAAGAGUGGUGCAAGGUGGAGGCGGAGCACCCAUCAGGGCCCACACUACUGGGGAGUGAAUCCUCUUGGCCUUACAUAAUCACACUGGAGCUUGGAACAUACCUGCUGGAUCUGAUGGUCAAGAACCUGAAAAUCAAUAGCGACAUCCUCAACUCAGCCUAUGAUAGGAAGCGAAUUCCCAUCCUCUACCACAUGUAUACUUUUCGCAGCAACCGACAGGUGGGCUUCAUUAAGCCCCAUCCCAUCUUGAUUCAGAUGCAGCAGGAAGCCAUGGAGAGUAAACUGACCUUCGACUCCUCCGUGAUACCAAUGUACUGCCCUCCUGUCCCCUGGACGUCAGCCAAGUUUGGCGCGUACCUGCUGACGCCCGUGAAGCUGAUGCGGAGUGUGGAUGGGGCUACCCAGCAUGAGGAGUUAUUAAAGAGGUGCCAGAAUCUUCACCCAGUAUUGGACUCCCUUAACCAACUGGGAAACUGUGCCUGGAGGAUCAACAAACCUCUUCUGGACAUAAUUAUUUCUAUCUUUAACAAUCUAGGUGAUGACAAGCUAGACAUCCCUCCUCCCAUGUCAGAGGCCCCUAAAAUUCCCCUCUUCAACCCGCAGGACACCUCCUACACUGCCACUGAGAAGGCCCACAUGAAACGGGAUGUUAUUAAUGCCAGAAAAAAAUGCAGUGAAAUGCACAGCUUGCGCAUGGAUGCUCUCUAUAAACUUUCCAUUGCCAAUCACAUCAGGGACGAGGUCUUCUGGUUCCCGCAUAAUAUGGAUUUCCGAGGCCGAACAUACCCUUGUCCCCCUUACUUCAAUCACCUGGGAAGCGACGUGACCCGCUCCAUCCUGCUGUUCGCAGAGGGAAAGCCGCUGGGGCCAAAGGGUUUGGACUGGCUUAAGAUCCACUUAGUCAAUCUGAUGGGUUUAAAAAAGAGGAGCUCCCUGCAAGGAAGGCUGGAGUAUGCCAACUCAAUCAUGGAGGUCAUUCUAGACUCUGCUGAUUACCCUUUGAAUGGUAAGAAAUGGUGGAUGAAUGCAGAUGAGCCAUGGCAAGCACUUGCCUGCUGUAUGGAAAUCGCCAAUGCAGUGAGAUCUCCAGACCCAACACAGUUCGUCUCUCAUUUUCCUGUACAUCAGGAUGGCUCCUGCAACGGGCUCCAGCACUAUGCCGCACUUGGCCGAGACAUCAUCGGGGCCACGUCAGUCAACCUUAUGUCCUGUGACGUGCCGCAGGAUGUGUACAGUGUAGUUGCGCAGCAGGUGGAGGAGUUCCGAGCCCGUGAUGCCGAGUGCGGCCUGAAAAUCGCCCAGGUCCUGGAGGGCUUCAUCAACAGGAAGGUGGUCAAGCAGACCGUGAUGACCGUGGUGUAUGGGGUCACGCGCUACGGGGGAAGGCUCCAGAUCGAGAAGCGCCUGAAGGAGAUUGAUGAGUUCCCUAAGGAGUAUGUGUGGGAAGCAUCUAAUUACCUGGUGCGACAGGUGUUCAGUGGCCUGAAGGAGAUGUUCACAGGGACAAGAGAGAUCCAGGACUGGCUGACGGAGAGUGCCAGACUCAUAUCUAAGGCGGGACACACCGUGCAGUGGGUGACGCCCCUGGGCCUGCCUAUCAUCCAACCCUACCACCACACACGUAACCAAAUGCUCAGGAGCGUCAUCCAACACAUUAACCUCCAGAUCAGCCAUGACACCAAACAGAGACCGGACACAGUAAAACAGAAGAACGCGUUCCCGCCAAACUUCAUUCAUUCACUAGACUCAACACACAUGAUGUUGACAGCGCUUCACUGCCACAGCUUCGGUUUGACGUUCGUCUCAGUUCACGACUGUUUCUGGACACACGCGCUCACGGUGGACACCAUGAACAAGGUCUGCCGAGAGCAGUUUGUGGCACUGCACAAUCAGCCCAUCCUGCAAGAGCUGUCCGACUUUCUGCUCCACAAGUACUGCUCUAGGCUUACAGCUGACAGCAAAAACAAAAAGUAUGUGGAGGACCGCAGGCUCAUGCUUCUACUGGCCAGAGUGCCACAGACAGCUGUUGCUCCCAGAAAUGGAAGAGGCUGUGUGGUGUUUGUCCUAAUUGGUUGGAAGACCAUCCGCAUGGCCUCAAGUGCUGAAGUGAAGCGCGUCACUAGAAGUAGCUGA